UUUCGCAUCGCAAAUCGCACUUUAUUUCCCAUUGUUUUGGGAAGGUCUGUUUCGCAUAUUUAAUCUUAUCUUACCUUAUCUAAUCAAAUAAUGAUCUUUUGAUCACGAAAAAAUCGUGUAGAUAUACAAGUGUUACUAGAUAAUGUAUUAGGUAGUCAAUUCAUCAAAGCGUAACGUCGCGAGUGGCUGGCUUAAUUUAUUGUAUUAAGUUGGAAUUUCGACAAAUGUGAUUCGGUGUCGCUAUGGAGGAUUAUAAGUUUCUCUUUAAAGUGGUGCUAGUUGGUAAUGCUGGUGUGGGGAAGACAUGCCUGGUGCGAAGGUUCACUCAAGGGCUAUUUCCUCCUGGGCAAGGUGCUACGAUUGGAGUGGAUUUCAUGAUAAAAACAGUGGAAGUCGACGGCGAGAAAGUGAAGCUGCAGAUAUGGGACACAGCAGGGCAGGAGCGCUUCCGCUCCAUCACACAGAGCUACUACCGGUCCGCGCAUGCACUCAUACUAGUAUAUGACAUAUCUUGCCAGCCCACCUUCGACUGUUUACCGGACUGGCUGCGGGAAAUCGAAGAAUAUGCCAGUAAUAAGGUGCUGAGGAUAUUAGUAGGUAACAAAACGGACCGCGAAGAUCGCGAGAUCCCGCGGCACAUCGGCGAAGAUUUCGCGCAGCGGCAUGGAAUGUACUUCCUGGAGACCUCCGCCAAGGAGGCCGAGAAUGUGGAGCGGCUGUUCAUGGAGAUAGCUGUGGAACUUAUGGAGCAAGCGAAAUGCAAGGAGCUACCGAAGUACGACGGCAGCCUAGGGCCCAUCAACGGUAAGACGACGUCCGUCGGCGACUCCUCCUGCUGCUCGCGCUCCUAAACUACACCUUAUAACCUUGCAAUAAGAGUUACAUAUAAUCAGUUAGUUUUGAUGACAAUUAUUAGUAUAGUUGAGUCUAACAUUCGCUGCACGUGAAUAUGUAGUGUGCUCUCUGUCACACCUACUUGCGGCGGGCGGCGUUCUGUCUUUUUUUUACUUGCUAUGGCGUGCAGCGAGUUUUGAACACAACACUUAUGACAUCAAGUUGUACCUUAACUCAAUGUAAUAUGGUUGAAUAUUGACGAAGUAUGACUGAGGGCCUACCGCGAGCCACGUUCGACGUGUUGCCUCCCUGUCACACUUACGUACGAAUUCACAAGUGCGACAGAAAGGCAACACGUCAAACGUGAUUCGCGGUAGGCCCUCUGCUUAGUGCUUAGGACCUAUCGUUAGAUCCAAACAUUUGACGGGGUAUCUGUGUAUGUAUUAACUGCCGUUUCUGAUUAAUUUAAACCUAUUGUAUUAAACAAUGGGUUUAAUGCGCACUGAUCAGUGCUUAGACAUACGAAGGGUUACAAUACAAUACAAAAUACAAUACAAAUACUCUUUAUUGCACACCUCAUUACAGAAAACAAUACAAAUAAUACAGGAAGAAGAGGUUACCACAGGCGGUCUUAUCGCUAAAAAGCGACAGACAACCUUUAGGUAGCGGAAAUUAAUAAAUUUAUGUCAUGUCAGUAGGUGUUUCAUAUUCAGUAUAAGAAUUCUAGAACAGAAAAUACAACAAAACAAAGGUUAACGCAGUAUCUAUUGGCCGGAAGUUGAGUUAUUUGUAAGCCCCUCUCAUCCAUCCAUCGGGCGCUCAGACCUGUGGUAAAGAUAUCUCAACUAUUCACCUAAUAGCGCUGAAUAUUGAAGGAUCGUGAUUAUGUAUACGUGAUACUGUGUCACGCUUCUUGUUUUAUUACUUAUUACCCUCUUAUUCAUAAAACUUUACGGGCCAGAUUUAGUUAAAUUAUGUUUUAUCCCUUUCUUACAAAUACAUAUCUCAAAAGGACAGAUAAGGACAAACGAUUAUUAGCUAAUUGAGGUUUGUAGCGCGUUUAUGAACAAGGGGGUUAGUCCAUGAUUGACAGCAUACUUAUUGGCGCUGUGGACACGAAUUACUCGUAUCUCUGAUGACCAGCCCUAGUAGCACGGUCGCAUUUUUAUCAUUUGUCACCAUGCCUGUCACGUUCUAACAAGUAUGUAAGUGCGAAAGUGACGGACAUAGUGAUAGUCGAUAAAAAUGGAACCAUGCUGAGCCCGCAGGGCCCGUACAUGUCAUGCCGUUGACGGAAAAGCGACGUCUUCUUCCUCGCGUUAUCCCGGCAUUUUGCCACGGCUCAUGGGAGCCUGGGGUCCGCUUGACAAAUAAUCCCAAGAAUUGACGUAGGCACUAGUUUUUACGAAAGCGACUGCCAUCUGACCUUCCCACCCAAAGGGGUAACUAGCCCUUAUCGGAAUUAGUCCGGUUUCCUCACGAUGUUUUCCUUCACCGGAAACCAACUGUUAAAUAUCAAAUGGUAUUUCAUAGUUAAUACAUAAGUUCGGAAAAACUCAUUGGUACGAGCUGGGGUUUGAACCCGCGACCUCCGGAUUGAAAGUCGCACGCUCUUACCGCUAGGCCACCAGCGUUUCACUGAAUUGACGGAAAAUUGCCUUCAACGGCAUGACAUGUACGGGCCCUGGUGAUGACUUUAGGCGUUCUAAAGGGUUAAAGUACAUUGUCGUUUUGUGAAGAUAUUUCUGCAGUCGUCUCACAUUUUGCUCAAUGAGAGAGUGAGACGCAAUGCACAUUGGACAAAGAUAAACUGACGGAAUACCACCCUCAUUCACAGAUACCCCGGCUUCAUAGUAUGGACCUAUGGACGUAUCAUAAUUUUUUUGUUGUUACUGUGCAGUGGUAUUAUUGUAGCAGUAUUGUCUUAUGAAGAGAUUUUCUUAUUUUUUAUACAUUUACAGUAUUUCUCUUUGAAAUACAUUUUCUUUUACUUUUUUUAUUGUUAGAAUUACUUGGUUUAAUUUGGAAAAUUAAUGAAACGUUAUAUGGUAAUAAUACCUGUACCUAUAAUAAUAGGGUGCAGUUUGGAUGUAAAGAAAAAACAAUGCAAUUUUUGUUAACAAAAAAUGAUUUAUGAUAAGAUUCAUAAGUACUUUGGGGUGAUUUUAAAGAUUUUAUAUUGGUUGGUAUGUCUAUUGGUGUUUCAUCAGCCGUUUUUACGUACCUAAUUCCCAUUUGUUGCGAACCCAACUUUUUAUUUAUAUUACGCAGAAAUAAUUUAGAAUUAAUUAUUUAUUUGAGAAUUGCCCCAAAGCACCUUAGGAGUAAAGUUAAUUAAUAAUGAAUCAUCAAUUGAUAUUAUUUUAAUUUAUAUGUCAAUAACGAUACCGCGCAGGGUAAAAUUUACAAGGAAUUGAUUAGACUUCGUUUAAUAAUAAGAUACUAAACCUUGUAUUUAUAAUUUACUCGUACCAAAGAGAAUUUGAAAUAGAGGAAUAUUCGAGAGUAGGCCAAAAGUAUGGCGACAUCCAUCGCUCGAAAAGAUGGCACCAUACCUUUGGCCUAUCGUCGAGUAGAUGGCGAUACUUUUUGCAAUUUAACACAUAUCAGUGAAAAAAUAAGGAUCAUAAAUGGCGUUCUACAAGUGUUAAUCAUUUGUGUCGAAAGAUAGCAGUAAAUGUACUGACUACAUAAUUUACUUUGUCAAUAUUCCUCUAGUCUAAAUUCUCUUUGCUCGUACCUAUAUAUCCCAAAAACAAAUUGACAGUUCAAUUGCCCUUAUUUAUACAACCAAUUUGUCAUUUUGGUACAAAUAAAUUGGCCAAUCUAUUUUCCGGUUGAAUUUCAAAAUGGCGACGUCGUCUCGACUGUCUCGAGUUUUUGUUUAUUAUUUCUCAUUAAUGUUGUUUAAAGUGCAAUAUUGAUAGCUUAUUAUCAAAAAACAAUACACUCCUUUUUUUGGGCAGUCGUGUAAUAAAAUGGGGCCAAUCGAACUGUUAUUUUAGUACAGUCAAAAGUCAAACAUCUCAAAAUACAUGUACCAUAGCUCUUAUGUCAGCGAAUUAAGAAUUAUUUUUGAGUAAUUUGUCUACACCCAUAUUUUUACCCUUGGCUGUACCUACCAUUGUACACUCUGUUAACUGGCGAUUCUGAACCUAAUUGUAAAGAUAUAAGGUUCAGGACGGAUAUGAUGGUCGUUUUUGUCUACGCGACAGCGUGUUAAAACGGUAUCCGUCACUUUCUAUCCCGCGGUGUUAAACAGUGACAGUUAUUUUAUCACGUGGAUAAAGCCAUCCAUAAUACGCCUGCAGUUCAGUUAAGAGUGUUGAAUGUCUGGGAUAAAAACACAGCUUAAAGGCUCAGUUUCAUUGGUCGAUAAACAAGGUGCGGUAACUGGUGAAACUCAUAAUUACAUGUGUGUGGGUAUCCUCCGCACCCCGCAUGCGGGGUCUAUCGACUAAUGAAAACCGUUCCCCGAAUCCUACCCUAUGGUGUGUGUAUCAACCAAUGAAACUGAGCCUUAAUAUCAGUAAGUGCGAGAAUACCACUGCAGGUGAUCGUAUUUUGUGCGAAAAUCUUGAUGAAUCAAAGCGGAACGUAAUGAUCCAGGAAAAUAAAACUUAUUGCUCAUAUUUAAAGUUCUAAUUCGAACAGCAAACUUAGUUGAGACUGCGAGGUAGUUUGAGCUGUAAUCACAUAGUUUUGGCCUUAAAAUUUACUUAGCUAAACAAAAUUGAACUUUAACUAUGAGAUGUAAGAUUGAAUUUCCUAAUCACUACUAAGCUACUCCGUUACUCAUUUUAUAUAUAAAUCGUAUUCUAGUUGCCGAGGUCAUUCCAAUCUCUUUUGAAAUUAAAUAAGGUAUCGUGUUGGUACAAUGUCAUAAACAAAAAUUUGUCAUAAAUGCUCUGCGGGCGUUUAUAGUCGCGCUUAUCGCGCACGAUAAGAUAUAAUAACUAGCGGUGUCAGAAAGAGACAUAUGAUAUUUUUUGUCAUGUCACGCGCGAUAAACGCUGUUUAUAAUGCAGCUGCUUUUAUAGAUUUAAUUGGUAUGUCAAUUGAGUAGUGGUAGUGUAAGUUGCAUAUCAAAUAUUGUAGAUUUGACCAAAAUAUAUAGUCUUAGCUUCUUGUGUAUACAUUAGUAUGGCUGGAGGUAUGAUAGCUAAUAAUAUGAUAUGAAAUUCAUUUUUGCUCAGUGAGCUCUCUAUAAAUUAAUCUCAUAGUAAAACGUCUAGUUACUUCAGUUCAGGGGUUUUUUAAACGGUUUCAUAAUGGUGAUGAAGCUAAAGGCAUUAAAUUUAAUCGGUCAUCGCAUCCCGGGCAAUGGCAAUGAUAAUGAACUCUGUCGAUGUCAGCUGUCGCUCCGUUGGUGGGUUGAAACAUCAGCAGCCAAAAAAAGUAGUCUUCGCAUCAUGUAUGCAACCCGCCCGGCUUGAUCCAUCGUGUAAACACAGCCUUAUAUGAUGACUUUUUUUAGUCUGUGGUUAGACGGACCAAUGUAAACGGGCCGUUUGGAAUGACACUUUUUAUUAACGUUUAAAAAUAUCUCUGGAAAUUAUAUAAAUGAAUGAGCAUUACAAGGUUUCAAGUGUGACUGAUAAUGUUACGAGUAAUUAAUAUAAUGUAGACCCAUUGCAUAAUAAAUUAAUCAUUAUAAAGAGGCAGUUACUUAAAUAAAUAGAAUUCGUAGCGGUGACAUUGUACCAACACAACCGAAUAAAAAAAUAGUUGCAAUUUUGUUUUAAAAUAAAUAUUUAUUAUUGAUAUCAAACCUUGUUUGGUUUUUAGUUUAUACUAGGAUAAAAAUCAAAGGGAGCAGGAUUUUAUCAAGGGGGGCUCAGUGCCCAGAGGGGCCCCUGUGGAACCCCUGAGGGCCUACCGCUAACAUCGAAAAUUUAAGAAAAGUUAUCUGCCUCUUUGUCGCUUGAAUACGCAAGACACGCAAGAGCGAUAGAGAGACAUAACGAUUAUCGAUUUUUCGAUGUUGGCGGUAGGCCUGCAGGUUUAGACAUAGGGCUGAAAUAUUAUUUUGUAGAUUAUGGUUGUUUGAGGUUAAAGUGGAUGUAACACAAAGUUUGCUUUACUAAAAUUAAUGAGUACAUACUAAAGUAAGAACGCUAAGCUCGAAGAAUUUCGGACAUUGACCCGCAAUUUCCUAUCUCUAUCGCACGCGCAUAAUUAUAUUGCUGUCCCGCCCAUGAUGUAAACAUAUCUUUGACGUCGACUGUACGAAAUUUUCCGUGCUUAACGUCCUUGCUUUAGCAAUUUCUUUGUUUUAAAACAAACAUGGAAUACAGUAAAAAAGUACAUGUGUUUGUCAGUGACAGCAGUGACGAGUGAUCAAUAAAAACUGCUAAUCUUCUAACAAAUAACUUGAAAAGCUUAUCUAGAUGAGUAGAUGGCGCUGUCUUUUCUAUUAUAGCGCCAUCUAGUAAAACUCACUGAGUAUUCUCAAUAGUUUAAAUAUUAACGCAAGUGGCACUUCAAUCGUUUACAAAAAACAUGACAUUGUUCUUAGAUAUGCCAAAUCCAAACAAGCCACAGACUGACUUUCAUUUGGUUUUUAAUUUGUAUAGUUCGUUUUUUUUUUAGCAUUAGAAAUAAGGUAAACAAUCUUGAUGUGUCUUUUAAUCGAAAAACACAUUUAAAAAAUAAGUUACGGCAAAUAUGUAACAAUUAUGAAUCUAAUACGAUCAUUUAUAUUCUUCUGCUUUCAUACGUAAUAGUCACUGAUUUUUAAAAAGCGUUUUUCAAUUAAAAGACAUGUCAAGAUCGCUUACCUUCUUUCAAGUUCUUUCUAAUGCUAAAAAAACGAACUAUAGGCAAUUUAACUUAUAAUCUGUGGGUUUUCAACCUUAUUUUGCGUGAAGAUUAGCAGUCUGUGAUUGGCUUUAGGUUGUAAUUAUGUGGAAGUUGCAUUAAAAGGUGCGGAGUUAAAGCCGUAACACACUACCGCACCGCACCAAGGUCACGGUGCGCCGCACCCAUAAGUGCCCAUAAGAGAUAUCUUUUUUUCGCUCUAACUUAUGGGUGCAGCUCACCGUGACCUUGGUGCGGUGCGGUAGUGUGUUACGUCUUUUAUACAUCGUACUUAGUUGUAUAUUUACUUUGUGCAUUUGACAGUGAUUACUAAGCUUUACAAUAAAUAUACAUUCUAUGUUAGAAACCAACUGCAUGUAGUUGUUGUUAUAUUUGUAAUUGGUGCAUUAUUUUGCUUUGGCGAGUUGGUAUUCAAAUUUUAUCGAAGUCUUAAGACUAGUACACAUAUAGGGCCAAUGUAGGCCCUUGGUUAGCCCCGAUCUAAGGCACUUGGUUAGCCGUUAAAGGGAGUUAUUGUUAUCUCUUUUCACUGUAAAGCGCUCCUUAGAUUGGCAAACUUUGGCGCAAUAUGUGUACUAGGCAUUAUAUUUCAUCUUUCAUGAUUACACGGGGAAUAUAAGUAUUUUAUUGUAAUACAUACUGGGCAAAUGAACGCUUCAUAUCGCAUGACAGUGAUAUGCUGUGUGGCUAUGAGAUUUGAGAGUUCACAUUUUUUAUAUUUCAUUUUCUCAGUUUGUACACAGUAAGAAAUUGGUUAUUUGUAUUUUUUAUUACUCGUUGGUGUUGCCAGAUUAAAACCGCCUUCUUAUUUAAGCAACCAUAAAAAAUAAGGACGUUAAUAGUAGAUUGACUACAGCAUUAUAACUUAUAAGCCCUAACCCCUAACUUGUUCUAUCAUUUUGUAUGGUUGUUUGUAUAGCCGUGAAACUUAUGAGAUAUGUUACUUAUAGUAAGCUAUGCCGCAAAGUGAUUUAGACUAUUUUAAAGCUUUAGAAAUAGUUAUGUAUAUUAAUUAAUUACGCUACAAAAUAGUGUUUUUGUGAAUUGUUAACUUUAACCUAGGGUUACUGAUAUAUUUAUUAUAAUUGAUAUUAUGCUUGUUCUAGGUGUCUAUUUUGGGAAUACAUAUGGUUUUUUUCAUCACAUAUACUUCUUUGUGCACUUACUUACACGCGAGGUUGUUUUUAAAUUGUCUGUUUAAUUAAUGUUGAAUAUGUGCAAUACGAUUUUUUAUGCUGGUAACAUUGUUAAUGAUGGUACUAUAAUUGGUAUAAAUGUUUUAUUGCUAAGCUAAUACAGAUAUGAGAUAUGAAAUAAUAACUGCUAAAUAUUCAACAAAUAACAGAACUAGUGUGUCUAGUUGAUGUGUUACAUAAUUAUGGAACUAUACGAAUUAUGUGUCUGAGAUUCUCAUUUUAUAGAAAGAACAGGUGGAGAAUAGCAGUCUUUAUUUUAUAUUUAUCUCUGGCUAUCAGUAUGAAAUUCGGAGUAGAGUAUAGUAGAUGAGCUUCCUUAUGAUUAUUUCCACCUGUGACUGUGACGUGACAGCUCUUUUGUAGAAAUCAAGUUAGUAAAUGAAAUAGGUACGUGCCGAAUGAAAUAUAAUAGUCGUUUGAUUAUAAUUAUUGGAUCUGAAAAUACCUAUCUUGAUGUUUCCUGGUAAUUAUCAUUGAUUAAAUUAAGCCACCAAAGAAACGGAAUUAUUGUAAUACUCGCAAUUAAUAAAUAAAUAAUAAAAUGAUCACUUUGGAUACAA